AUGGAAAAGAAGAGAAAUUCAGUUUUGUUAGGAAAAAGUGGUUAUAAUCUUUUGGUUUUGGUUUUGGUUUUGGCUUCAGCAAACCUUUCAAAUGCCUCAAGUGUUUUCCCUGGAUUGAUAAAGUGGCAUGUGUACGUUAGGAAUGAGUUGAAGAACGAGGAAAGUUUAUUGGUUCAUUGCCAAUCAAAAGAUGAUGAUUUGGGUAGCCAUAAACUUUUUGAAGGUGGGAAUUUCACUUGGAGUUUUAGGACAGAUUUCUUACACUCCACUCUAUUUUGGUGCCAUGUGAAAAAGGACAAUAACAACAACAACAAUGGUUGUGACAGAACUGCCUCAUUUGACGUGUUUUGGUACGACGAACAUCUUUUUCAGAAGUGUCAUUGGAAGAAUUGCCUUUGGAGAGUUAGGGAUGAUGGUAUUUACUUAACAGCUUUAUAUGAAACUCAAACUCAGCAGUUCUACUAUCACUGGGGUGCUACCAGACUUCCCUGA